AUGGCAUCUGGUGAUAAAACACCCUCUCGUAUUCCUGGCCCCAAGUCUGGAAUGACUCAAAGCAAACCCGUUGCUGAGCAGUCUGUUGUCUCCGGGGAUGAAUCGCUGCUUGACCUUCGAGACUUUGACUGGUCUCAGCUCGAAAGCAAUUACGUACAAAUGAUGGAACAACACGAGAAGUCCGAAGAAGAGCUCCGAAACCAUAUCACCAACCUGCUCCAGGUAUUUACAGCUUGGUCCCAGACUACAGUUGAACACGACGAAACCAGAGCUUUGAAAAGGUUCAGGACGCAGAUGCAUCAUGUCCAGAACUCAGAAGAGAGCUUGGAGAAAAAGAGAAGGCACUACAUGAACGUUGUCAAGGCUUUCGAGAGCGCACUUGCGCUGCUAAACGAUCGCAUCAGGCCUUAG